AUGAAUCCUGGAUUAAAUAUGACAUAUCUAAUUCUUGGUGGGCAUGUGGAAGUGCACAGAUACAGGUAUCUCUAUUUUUUUAUACUGUUUACAGCAUAUAGUCUCUUAAUCUGUUUUAAUGUAUCUAUCAUAUGCGUUAUUGUUAUACACAAAAACCUCCAUGAGCCCAUGUAUGUUUUCAUUGCAGCUUUGUUACUGAACUCUCUUCUUUUCAGCACUAAUAUCUAUCCAAAGCUUUUGAUUGACUUUUUGUCUGAAACACAGAUCAUAUCUUAUAAAGUCUGUCUCUUUCAGAUUUUUGUGUUUUACUCUUUAAGCUGCUCAGAAUUCUUAUUGUUGGCAGCCAUGGCCUAUGACAGAUACGUAUCUAUAUGCAAACCUCUGCAAUAUCCAACCAUAAUGAGAAAAAGAACUGUCAUUUUUCUGCUGGUUUCAGCUUGGUUGUUGCCUGCUUGUCAUGUUGCAGUUCCAGUCAUACUCAAUAUUGAUAACAAGCUCUGUAAUUUUACUUUAAAAGGCAUUUUUUGUAAUAAUUCAGUCAUCCAGCUUUACUGUGUGAUGUUGAGAGCACUCUCUAUAUACGGUGCAUUUGUUUUAUUGAAUGUUGGAUUUUUCCCAAUGCUAUUCAUAAUUUUUACAUACACUAAGAUAAUUAUAACUGUUUAUCAGCAUUCUGGAGAAGUCAAGAAGAAAGCUGCACAGACCUGUUUACCGCACCUGCUUGUUUUAAUCAACUAUUCUUGUUUGCUAACUUAUGAUAUGAUUAUAGCCAGACUGGAAUCAGAUUUUUCAAAAACUGCACGUUUUGUAAUGACAGUGCAAAUAAUAAUAUAUAAUCCUCUCUGCAAUCCAAUUGUUUACGGCCUAAAAAUGAAUGAAAUUUCUAAACAUCUCCAAAAGUUGUUUUGUUAAAGCAAAUUCAACUAG